AUGGCUGCUCAGAAAGAUCUCUAUGAUGCCAUUGUGAUCGGGGCAGGCAUCCAGGGCUGCUUCACUGCGUACCACCUGGCCAAACACAGGAAGAGGGUCCUCCUGCUGGAGCAGUUCUUCCUCCCGCACUCCCGAGGAAGUUCCCAUGGGCAGAGCCGGAUAAUCCGAAGGGCGUACCCUGAAGACUUCUACACCCAGAUGAUGGCUGAGUGUUACCAGAUAUGGGCCCAGCUGGAGCAUGAGGCGGGAACCCAAUUAUACAGGCAGACUGGACUACUGCUGCUGGGAAUGAAGGAGAAUGCAGAAUUAAAGAUAAUCCAGGCUACUCUGUCUAGGCAGGGAGUGGAACACCAGUGUCUUCCACCUGAGGAACUGAAGCAACGUUUCCCCAAUAUUCGGUUGGCCAGGGGAGAAGUGGGGCUCUUGGACAAGUCUGGAGGAGUUCUCUAUGCUGACAAGGCGCUCAGAGCCCUUCAGGAUGCAAUUCGACAGCUAGGAGGCAUAGUGCAUGAUGGAGAGAAGGUGAUAGAGAUAAAACCAGGGCUACUGGUCGUGGUGAAAACCACUUCCAGGAGCUACCAAGCCAAGAGCUUGAUCAUCACAGCAGGUCCUUGGACCAACCGGCUCCUCCGUCCCCUGGGCAUUGAGCUGCCUCUCCAGACCCUGCGGAUCAAUGUGUGUUACUGGCGAGAGAAGGUUCCCGGAAGCUAUGGUGUGUCCCAGGCCUUUCCAUGCUUCCUGGGCUUCAGCCUGGCUCCUUACCACAUCUAUGGAUUGCCCUCCGGAGAGUACCCAGGGAUGAUGAAGGUCUGCUAUCACCACGGCAACAAUGCAGAUCCUGAGGAGCGGGACUGCCCUGCAGCUUUCUCGGACAUCCAAGACGUCCACAUCCUGAGCUGCUUUGUCAGAGAUCACUUACCUAACUUAGAGCCUGAGCCUGCUGUUAUGGAGCACUGCAUGUACACGAACACCCCUGAUGAGCACUUCAUUCUUGAUCGACACCCAAAGUACGACAACAUUGUCAUUGGUGCUGGAUUCUCUGGGCAUGGGUUUAAGCUGUCCCCUGUUGUGGGGAAGAUCCUGUAUGAAUUAAGCAUGAAAUUAAUGCCAUCCUAUGACUUGACACCUUUUCGAAUCAGCCGCUUCCCCUGCCUGGGCAAAGCCCGCAUCUGA